CACUAGAAACCUUACUUUCUACAGAACAAACGUAUUCAUUUAUACUCUAGAGUCAUUGAUUCCCAAUCAACUAGUAUGUUCAUUAGGAUAAGUACAGCCAAGUUUCUAGGCCAUCCAUAUUGAAAGAGAUCAGGAAACAAGAACCAAAUCUUAAUACCAAGAGGUGGGAGCAAAGAAAUCAACCUGUUUGAACAAGUUCGUCUCGAUGACGUCAUAUAUUGAUUCUUAUGACUUCAUUGUAUGCUAAAAAGAUGACAAUGCUUGCUGGACGAAUAUUCAGAGAUGUUGGCAAACAAGUUGAUAGCAAAUCAAUGAAAGUUGUUCGAAUAAUGAGUGAAUUACCUCGCCCAAUGAUCUUAAAAGAUUAUUAUCCUCCAUUAGAAGAAUAUAGUAAUAUUUUACAAAAACUACGCUAUUUGGGUUUGUUUAGAAAUGAACAUGCAGAUUUUCGUGAAGAAAUGGCACGUCUACGUCAAUUGCGUGGCAAAGGGAAACGGAAAAAGGGUGAAAGUAAACGAGGACUAUCACAAUAGUGACAUUAUUUACUUUGUUAUUUGUUUUCCUAAAAAAUAUUUUGUAUAUAUUUACUAGCAGUUUGUAAACAGUAUCGAAUCUUUAAAGUAAUACUAUUAUGUGUUGAAAUAA